AUGAUAGUGAUGCACUGCCGCCACCAACUGAAGUCACAAAGCCUGCAGGUGCACGUGGUGCAAUCAUCAUGUCCAAGGUUUUAUGGCUACAUUGCAUUUCCGGACACCGACCACGGUGGGGACGACCUGGGCAACCCUGGCUCCGCUGCAGCAGCCGCUACCGAGUGUGCCAAGUUGCCAGAAUGCCAAGGCUUCAAUGUCAACGGCUGGAUGAAGGCGUCUGCGGAUCCAUUGACGUACUUGGAAUCAGUUUGUUUUUUUAAAAAAAUUCCAGCGAGCCCAAUUCCUCCUCACGGUGGCCACCCGCCUCCAUUCCCGGCUGGACGUCAGCCAGGAAUAACUAAUGUUAGUUUAGCGACAGCACAAUCUGGUCACCACCUCCAGAAACCCCGACACCUCCAGGAAGCCCGCCACCACCUACCGCAGCUAGCGGCCUUUUCAGUGGCCAGCUACUACAUGUACAUGUACACUUUCUUGAAGCAAAGGGAGCACAGUGGAAUGCCUAUGUCUGUGUUUAGCCAGGAGGCAUGCCUCCCUGCUCACCCUGCACGUGGGGUGCAUGCCUCAUUUUACUACUGCCCAGCCUUCUCAAUUGAGGCUUGCAAGCCGAAUGUCCAGUUUUUGGCAGCACUCAUCUGGAAAAGGUUUGACCGUCUGGUAUAUUAA